GGCGGCGAGCCGGGCGCGGGGCCAUGCGCGGCCGCCUGUGGCUGGGCCUGGCGUGGCUGCUGCUGGCACGGGCGCCCGGCGCCGCGGGGACCCCAAGCAGUCCGCGGAGACCGCGCAGCUACCCACACCUGGAGGGCGACGUGCGCUGGCGGCGCCUCCUGUCCUCCACCCACUUCUUCCUGCGCGUGGACCCCGGCGGCCGCGUGCAGGGCACCCGCUGGCGCCACGGCGCCGACAGCAUCAUCGAGAUCCGCUCCGUCCGCGUGGGCGUCGUGGUCCUCAAGGCCGUGCACACGGGCUUCUACGUGGCCAUGAACCGCGGGGGCCACCUCUACGGGUCGCGGGUCUACACCGCCCGCUGCAGGUUCCAGGAGCGCAUCGAGGAGAACGGCUACAACACCUACGCCUCCACGCGCUGGCGCCACCGCGGCCGGCCCAUGUUCCUGGCGCUGGGUGCGCAGGGCGCCCCGCGGCGCGGCGGCCGGGCACGGCGGCACCACCCGUGCACCCACUUCCUGCCUGUCCUGCUCUCCUGAAGUCCCCGGGCCCGCGGCACGCCUGAGCGGCGUGUCCAGGGCCGGCGGCCGGCGAGCUCAGGCCCUGGCCAGGCAUGUCUGCUCCCUCGUCUUUUCCCCAAGCGCUCAUGCAGUGUCUGCCGUGCGGUGGGCUGCGGGGGCUGCUGCAAGACCCCCCCAGACACGGCCUGACCCCCACGGAGCUGCUGAGUCCGAGGGGGUGGACACUGAGUUGGGCAGAGGCCACAGGUGUCCAGGCCCAAGUGGGGGGUGGGGCACGGAGGCCCCAGAAAGGCCCCGCCCCCCCCCGGGGAUGGAGCCUGAAGGACAUGGCCGUGUAGUCACCAAAGGGCUGGGACAUGGCCUAGGCGAAGGCUCUGAGGUGGGAGCCCAUUGGGGUGUUUGAGGCAGGGAGGAGGUGGGAGAGGCUGGGGCACAGGGAGGUCUGAGGGCUGGGGGACAGGGAGACAUGGACAUGCCACGGGGUCACCGGUCCCCGUCCUGGUCCCGGGACCUGGGACGUGUCUCCCCACGCGGCAGAGGCGACCUUGUCAGGGCCCCCGAGGAGGGGGUGGCCCUGGGUUCCCGGGGGGGGGGGCGCGUCCUCACGAGGCCCUUACAAGGGGGAGGCAGAGGGUGGGAGUCCCAGAGGUGGGCAGGCCCUGUGCGGCUGGCGGUGAGGAUGGAGGGGGGCCGCGGGCCAGGGAAAGGCUGCAGCCGGGUCUCCCGGGGGCCCCGGGGGGAGGAGGGGACACCAGCCUUCCAUUCUGUAUUUCUGAGCCCAGAACUGUCAGAGAAUCGGUGUGCGGUGGUCACAGCGGCCUUAGAGCACACACACACAGGCGCGCGCAUGCGCGGGGGGGGGGGUCUGAAGCUGCUUGCACUGCGACCGCGGUCAGAGCUCCUGCACUCCCGUGGGGCGGGCAGGGCUGGGAGUGGGAGGGGGUGCCACGUGCAGGCCACGGGGGCCCCGUGCCAGCAUCCUCCAGGGGCUCGGUGGGACCCGGGGCGGCCGGGGCUGCCGCACUCCCAGCGCCCGAGCCCUCACCGCGAGGCUGAGCCCCAGCGGAAGGAAAAGGGGUGCAGAGCCCCGUUCAAACCCCAGCCGAACUGGACCCGGCAGUUCUGCUCAGGUGUCCCACUCCGGGCGACGUGGGACAUUCUGCGUGGGGAGGGCGACAGUCCCUGGGGCGGCGCGCGGGCUCCCACCCCUCCCCGCAGCCCCCUCCCACUAAAAUACAGAGGUUGAAGGCAGGGAGCGAGCAGACGGAGGGCGCUCACUGCGGUC